AUGGAUGGGAUCAGUGUGGAGGAAUGGGGCAAGGAUGCGAAGGAAAUGAGCACGUUCGAGGGGCAGCAGUCGGGGUUGGGGAGGGGGGAGCAGCGUGGCUACCCCCAAGGUCUGGCACUCAUGGACAGCAGCGACCCACGCGCCUGGCUGGCUCCUGUGCAGCCUGGCACCUGCGCGGCACACGCCGAUUACCUGCUGCACUCGCCCGGCUCCAGUGUGGAAGGCGUGUCCCCUUCUCCAGGUCAUAGCUCGAGCUACAGGAAGAGCAGCAAGAGCCCGGCCAAAGUGCGCGAGCUGUGUCGACUUAAGGGGUCUUUGGGAGUGGAUGAUGGCAGACAGAGAGCACCAUCCAGCAAACCAGCUAACGUGGUCCAGAAACAGAGGCGAAUAGCGGCCAAUGCGCGGGAGAGGCGGCGAAUGCACGGACUGAAUCACGCCUUUGACGAGCUGCGCAGUGUCAUUCCAGCUUUCGAUAAUGACAAGAAGCUCUCCAAGUACGAAACGCUGCAGAUGGCACAGAUCUACAUUAACGCACUAUCGGACCUGUUGCAAGGUCCGGGUGCAACAGUGGAUUCGCCAAAGUGCGAGCUGCGGUCUGCCACUGUCUACGAAGGGGCCAGCAGUCCUCGGGGACCAUCAUCCUCUUCUUGUCGGAGAGGGACAGCCACAGGGUACCCAGUGCAGAUUAACGCGAUGCCAUUCCCUUACGAGGACGGAACAUUCACGGCGUUGAUUGGGCAGGAGAUGCUGUCUCCCGCGGGAACACUGAAGUCUGCAUCCGAGGACAGCAAGGACUCGCCCCGGUCGAACCGCAGCGACGGAGAGUUCUCCCCCCAUUCGCACUUCAGUGACUCAGACGAGACGCACCUGGAGCUACAAAGUGAAGAUGAGCUCCCAGAACUCAAACUGCCCAGCCACCAUACUUUCUAA